AGUGGAUCGGCGGCUUCAUUUAUUCCCCCCCGCCCCCCCUCAUCCUCCCCACCGCCCCUCGCAGUUUGUUUACAAGUAUCAAAGUUGUAAUUGAGGAGCUGCCAAGGCACAUCUGGAUAUUCUUCUUCUUCUUCUUUGUGUUAGGGACUGAUGUGCAACUAAUUAAAGGCAGACAGGCUGGUAGCGUCUGCAUACUCAAGCCCCCCCAAAUAAAGAGCCUGCUGCGGCAGCUCCCGUGAGGAUGCAGGAGGAGCGGCUGCCCGGCCAGGCACUGACCGCGGGAAUGCGCCCGGAGGAGGAGGAGGAUUAAGCGACCCCCCCCGCCCCGUCCCUCUCCCCCCGGCCCCCAGCCCCCCCGCCCCAUCCCUCCCCGCCGUCCCCCCCGGCCACCAUGAACACCAACGUGUGUGUGGAGAGCGGCCCCAACCCCGAGGCGCCGGGGCUGCCCAAGGACAGCCACCUGCCCGAGGGGGCCCUCAACAGCCUUGUGGAUUACAACUCGGAGAUGGAGAGGUACCGCUCCUUCGCCACCUUCUACAAGACCAACGGCGGCGCCUUCCCCCAGGCGGCCAAGAUCGCCCGCAUCACCACCCCCAUCUUCCCCAGCGCCGCCGCCGCCGCCGCCGCCCGCAUCGGCAUGUCCCCCUGGAACUGCGACACCGCCACGGCCGCCGCCGCCACCGCCAUGCUCUGGGGCAGCGGCGGCGGCGGCGGCGCGGCGGGCGGCGCGAGGAAGCCCUCCUCCGCCGCUGCCGCCGCCUCCGCCUCCGCGGCCGCCGCCGCCGCCUCCUCGCUGCACGCCGGCAGGGGCGGCAUGCACCACCGGAGCGACUCGCAGCGGCUGGGCAAGCCCGGCUGCCCGCCGGCCGAGCAGCCCGCCCUGCCCAUGGCGAACGGCAACUUCCUCUCCACCCUCUCCCCCGAGCACUGCCGGCCGCUGGCCGGGGAGUGCAUGAACAAGCUCAAGUGCGGCGCCGCCGAAGCCGAGAUCAUGAACCUCCCGGAGCGCGUCGGCACCUUCUCGGCCAUCCCGGCGCUGGGCGGCCUCUCCCUGCCCCCCGGGGUCAUCGUCAUGACGGCCCUGCACUCCCCCGCCGCGGCCUCGGCCGCCGUCACAGACAGCGCCUUCCAGAUCGCCAACCUGGCGGACUGCCCGCAGAGCCACGCCUCGGCCUCGCCCGCCUCCGCCCUGGGCGCCGCCGCCGGCGCGGGGGGCGGCGGAGGCGGCGGCGGCGGAGGAGGAGGUGGCGGCGGAGGCGGAGGGGGGGCCGGCGGCGGCGGCGGGGCCGGGGCGGGCAACCCCGCCAAGAAGAAGCGGAAACGCUGCGGGGUGUGCGUGCCCUGCAAGCGGCUCAUCAACUGUGGAGUCUGCAGCAGUUGCAGGAACCGCAAAACGGGACACCAGAUCUGCAAAUUUAGGAAAUGUGAAGAGCUUAAGAAAAAACCGGGCACUUCGCUAGAGAGAACACCUGUUCCCAGCGCUGAAGCAUUCCGAUGGUUCUUUUAAGCAGUAGUGUAUCUUAUUUUCAAGGCAGUCCGAAGUGAAUGGCAAGCUAAAGUCUUGUUUUAAGAAACUGCUUAGUCCACCAUUGAAGAAUAUACUCAGACACUAUUUUCAUUUAUGUAUAGGGGUUUCCUCAAAAGCAAAAGACAAAAAUCUGGGAGCCUGGGGAAUUGGCCAGCUUCUUCACAUUCAGUACACUAUUCUUUCUUUGAUGUAACUUAGCUAUACUAGUGAAGUUGUUGUCUAUUUUUAAAGUGGCUGUAAAAAAAAAAAAAACAACAAAAAAAAGAAGUUUGGGUAAACCCCUGCUAUAAAGUCAUGUAUCUUUGAAAAGUAACAUAUCUAUACUUCAUUUUCAAAUAUAUGUGUUUCAGUACUGUAAACUGUACAGAUAGCCGCUUGUAUUUUGUGUGUUUAGACACAAGGAGACAAUCAUGUCUGAGCAUCUAUGGAGAUUAACGGUUUGUACACAACGGUGUGGUUCUGCGAGUUAAAUCCGGAGCAAUAAAUUCUAGCUUUAACUAUUAUUUUGCUAGUUGUUUAGCAGCAGCAGCAACAGCAGCACUGUUUUACCAUGCAUCCUUCCAUAGAGACUUGAUGCCAAGUUUUCCAAGAUAAAAAGAUUGCGAUGCAUCUAGCAAUUAACUUCCAUUGUGGUGGUGUAAGAGAGGAAGACAUAACAUUUAAAAUUAAUCCUUCAAGCACUAUAUUAGAGUAGUGGUUUGUGCACUUGCAUUGCUUCCAAAGGAGCUUUACAGAGGGAUAUCUCUCCAAAAAUGAUGUCUGGUGUCUGACUCGCUUUCCACUGUGCUCUGAGGUGGGGUUCCCAGCAUAGGCGGACGUGCAAAACCAGUCAUCUGUAUAAAGGUGGUUCUAGGAUGCAAAACAAAGUGAGUACGAGACCUUAGAAAAAUGGUGACUCAGCCUAAUUACCCUUCACCUAUGAGUUCUUAUGUAAUGUUUUCAGCAACUGAGUAAAUAUUUUAUAGAGUGGAAUGCCAUAUUUUUGGUCCUAAUGGAGCUCUUCACACUUAAGUGAGUUUUGACAGUUGGACUGGUUUGGGUGUUCAUUUGAGAACCCAGAUAUUUUUGCAGUAUAAAAAUAAACUUUUCUAAAAAAAAAGAUGUUUAAAAGAAGGGCCGCUUUUCCCCACACAUUUCUUGGUCCACUGAUCUCGGCUUUGCUGAAUGGCUGGUCCCUUGGGCCCCAGAAGAAUGAUUUGCUGUUCUUGUUGCUCCAGCUGCGCGGAGGAAGACAUUUCUCCUCUAAAAGGCAGCACAUGGAGAGCUGUAACUCACAUGUUGUAAAAAUAUGGAGGAUACUGAACACAGGGAUACUUAUUAUCAGUUGAUCAUCAUUUUUUUAUUGCUUGGCUUCAUCAUACCCCUCAUGAGUGAGAAGGCCAUCCCAUCAAAGUAAGCAGAUGCUGUUGUGCCAUAUUUUUGAUAGAUUUAUCAUUUUAUACAAGAUAGGACUACCAGUAGUUUCACAGACAAGGUGCUGGGCAUGGAAAUAACCAUUUAUUGAUGCACAGCAUGUACGAAUCUCCUAUUGCUUCAACACUUUCUCAGUUUUCAGCCUUUGGCCCCUGGUCUCACGCUCACUUGUUGAAGCGCAGGGGAUGCUGGGGAUGGUGCGGGAACGGUGCAGGCAGGGGACACGCUGGUUUUGGUGGGGGUGUUUGCUCACAGGACUUGUGGGUGUUGGGAAAGGCCCAGAAAGUGAAGGGCUGGAGGAGGAACAACCUCCUGAGGCCACACGUGUGUGUCAGCGGGGCCGGGCAGAGCUGGGGAGCUGGGGUGACUGGAGGAGCGUGGGCAGGCUGGGCCCACACCUGUGUCCUCAACGUAGGGUCCGUGUAUGUGUCUACGUCUUUGCGCUGUACAACAUCACGUACACGGCUUCAGAGGUGGAACGUCACACUUGAAACGCUUCUAUCGUGCUGCCCCUCUUACGGUUUGUAAGAGGUCCUCAGUCGAAUACUCAUACAAUGCCCAUUCAAUGAGCUUUACCUCUGUUCAUAUGGCAGCUGUGUAUGGAUUUUAUUUUGCGUUGGAGACAUUUUGGUUAGGGCCUCUGUUACUGACCACUAGACCAAUACAAGUUCUGUAAGGUCUUCUCUACCAAACUGAAGCCUUAUUUGCACAUCUGGCUGGUAGGCUUGCCUUGAUUUUUUGGAAAAUGGUGAUUGCUCUUGCAGUAGCAGAGACAAAAUUGAGUUCAGGCUACAUUAGGUGUACAAAGAUAUUCAUAGCAAUGUACUUAACUGUCUAAUACCCUAAUGUUGCAUGUCUUGAUGUGGUUUCUUUUUUGUUUUGUCGUUUUGUUUUAAAGAACUGAUGGAUCUGUAUAUUGUAAUUGUGGUGUUUUACAUGUCAAUCCAAAAUUGUUAAACAAGCAAACCUGUUAAUUAUGGAAAAUGAACAAGAGUUGGUUUUUCUUUCCUUUACCUUUAUGGUUUUCAUUUCGGAUGUUGUUCCUUUGCACCAUCACAUUUUGCUGGAACAGUAUUUAUAUGAUGUAGUGCGCAUAGAGCAUUUUAAUUAGUGAUGUUUGAAGAAGGAAAUCCCUUUUCUGGCCUGUCUCUCUCCACCCCAGCCCUAUCCCCCCACCCUGUUUAUACACAUAUUUGUCAAUCGGAUUAUUGUCAAGUUCUAAUUACCAAAUCUGUGCUUUUCGCAAGGUCCAAACCCAUUUUAAAGUAUGAGAAUUUGUAUUCCUUUAUGUCUUUCAUUCUCACGACGAAAAAAAAGCAGAACGUACUUUUGCCGUCUUCUAGGUGUGAGCAGUAAGCCUAAUGGAAGCAUUUUUGGCAUACCCCAGAUAAACUUAUGAAAAAUGGUGAGGCUGAAAGGGAGGCACAUGUUCCCAUUCUGUCAAUUAAUAACAGACCCUCCCUACGAGGGGAAAUACUCCCUUUUGUACAGAACCCCUGGUAUGUAAGUCCUCCAAUUAAUGUUAAAGAAUAUUAAGUCUUUAAAUGGGCUAUAUCUGUAAUCAAAUAAUGAAGAAAGAAAGUAGCUAAAUGAACAUACCAUUCAGGGUCGAAUGCAUUCAGCAAAAAGCAGUAGUGGGUCUUUGAUCAUGGUUAGAUGCAUAGUGAUAUCAAACAGUGGGUUCUCAUGUAACAGCUAAAUGUUUCAGAUUUUGUUUUUAUUAAAUUUGGCAGUUUCACGCUGAGCUCUACUGUAUUCUUAGUGAAGAAAAGACAGCUCCUAUGUUAGAAAGUACUCCAUUUUCACAAUUGCAGGGAACUAAGAGAGUUUUUUUCGGAAACAUGGGCCACAGAAAUGUACUCCUUUCACAGUGUUCUCCUCUUUCUGAACUGUGCAGUUAUCUAUUAAAUUUUCUAAUAGAUAUUUGUGUAAGGUGUAUGUAUGCUUGUGCAAUUAUGGAAAAAAAAAACAGUUUUGGAAAACAGUGUAUUUAUGAAAAAAAUAAUCACUUAUGGGGCAUGUACAAAACUGUAUAAAAACAUGCAAUUUGCCCAGUAAAGUUGUUUUUGUGAUAUUUCUGUGUUGUUGAAUAAAGGACUUUAGUAUUCAAAAUAUCUCUCUUUUUCCAUAAACAGGUUUUGUUUGUGGGAUCUUAAACAAAGAAAAUCUCUUUUCAAAAAGAAUCCUCAAAAUGAGCGAGAAGGUCCAAAUGCUGACCUGUCUUGUGUAGGGGAAUGAAUGCUUAUGAAGUGACGGUAUGGUAGCCACAAAAGUCACUCCUCCUCAAUUGGCAGGCGAUGGAAACCCCGUAAGUUGUAUAUCUGAUGGUAACAUUGUGCUCUGGAUUUGUUUAAGAUAGCAGAAAAAAGUACCAGCUUCCUAAGACUAGGAAUGUUAUGUUGAGAUUUUGAGGCUAUGGAAAGGUUAGUGAAGUAGGAGCUAGACGGAUUGCAGAAAAGCCUUCAAGCCUUUAAUGCCGACCUCUGUUGUAUAAAGAGCGGACUAGUGAGGGCGAUGUGAUAAAUUAGCAGUUAGGGAAAGGCAUACGAAAGUGAAAUCUCAUUUGUAACUCUUGCAACUAACAGGAGUCCUGAGAUCAGAUCGUGCCGUUGCUGUUGGAAUAUUUGGGAUUGUGAAUAGGGUUUGUGAGAGAAUGGCAAUAGUAUCUUCCUCUUUAUUUUGCCGCUUCUCAGUUCAAAGUUCUGCUCUUUACCUGCCUCAUAAACUACACAUAGCAAAGGAAAUGGUUUCCUCUUGCCGUUCUAUUUCCCCAUACUAGUUACCAACGUUAAAGCAACUUCAGAUAGGUAGGGAAAUUUGUGACUGUGCACGUCACCUGAUUUUGGUGAAAUUUAGAACGUCAUUUUUCUGCGAAUAUUCCCAUAAUAAACAGAAUGUCUGCUCUUAGGUGCCAAACCAGGAUUUUGAAAGGGUUUGAAACACGAGGUAGGUCCUUUGGUCUGUGAGAUUCCUUCAAUGCCAACCGAUUUUCCGGGGGGAAGCCUCAGCGUAUCCUUUUGUUUUUUAAAGAAAGCAACAAAAGUGAAAGGAAUAGAAGUGGAUUUUCCACUGAUCCUGUCUGCUCUCAUCAAAAUCCGUAAGGAUAUACGUUCUUAGGAGACAUAGACCGCUCAUUAGACAAUGCCAAGAGUGAACCUUGAGGUCUGUUUGAAGAGGAGGAAAAGGGCUGCCAAGUUGCUCAGGCAUAGUCAGUGAUCUCUCCAGAUUAAAUAUAGAAUUCACAGGGAGGAAAUACACUCGUUUCAUGAGAUGGUCGAUUUGGAAGCGGGAAGAGGUCUCUGAGUUCCUAUUCCUUUAAUGCUUUCUCUUUCAACUUUUUCUUCCCCUCGAGUAUUGUUUUAUACUAGUCUGAAUGAAAAACGUCCCUCAGCUCCAGAGAAAUACUCGCCCCAGAUAUGAACCUUGCAGUUUAAAACUACCUCUAGCUUUUUAUAGCUUUUAUUUUUUAAUUAAAAAAAAAAAAAUCUAAAAAACCCCUGACAACAAAGCCAAAACUGACAGACUCAUUACUGAGCCUGUUAAGAGGCAGGAAAACACCUUUUUGUGUGGAAGCACCAUUCUAGGCUGUAUUGGACUCAAUUUGGUUUUGCCACUGGCCGUUUCAGUGCUCUCUUGUAUUUCUCAAAGGAACAAGUCUGAAAUUAUGAAUGGUAUAGUGAUAUGGGGCAAUGUGCCUUCUGAGAGGCUCUAGUCCUCCCCAGAUUCCCAUGGGCUUUCCGAGAUAGUUCAUGAAAUUGGAGGAUAUUAUAUAGGUGACUUAGUUAUAAGUCCUACCUUACUUUGCUGUAAGGAUCUACUCAGUCACCAGUGUGCUGUGAGCAUGGAUAGAUCACCCCAAAAUCUACAGAGGUAAGAAAAACACCUUCUUGGUAAUAACAUACAAUAAACUUGGAGACCUCUGGAACUACCUGAGGAAAGAAAGGUGCAGUUCAGCAUCAGCAAAGACGUCAGAAUCUGCUCCCACCAUAGCUUUGUUUCCAGUUGCCGUUUUGUUUUUACGAUGGACACGCUUGGCUGGGUAGCUGCAUCCUUCGGAAAGGUGGUUUUGCCUGAGAUAGGCAGAAUGAAGGAAAUACAGGUAGCAAAUUGUAAUCUUGCAAGAUGAGGAUCUAGACUGCCUAAAGAGGCUGCGAUGUUUGGCAAGUACUUCCAUCGUUCUUCUAAGCUUUCAAAUGAUAUUUAAAGAUUGUCACAUUAUUCUUAAUUUAAUAAACAGAAAUAGCUUGUCAUGCUACUGCCCAUUUCCUCAAAAAGGGUUUUUAGAAAUUAACCUUAAUGACUUAUUUCCCAAUAAACUUUGAAGUUACUACUUAGUCUAUUGUGGCUUCCCCAUAAGAGAAGAUGCUGUCACUGUGGGUUCAUUGGCCUAUAUAAGGCCCCUUUGACUUGCAGAGUCAAGGAUCUUUGCUAGGAGAUAACUCAGCAGAAUUGUUGUAGAAAGAUCUGUGGGUGUCAUGAUGUCAGCCAGAGCCCGGAUUAAUUAGUCAGUGUGGUUCUCCCCAGCUUGGUUUAUGAUGUGGAUAAGCAUUCUAUAUCUGAGAAGAAAACACCUUUCUUUCCUUAGUCCUUUAAACCUGCUCUCUUUACAGAGUUAAUACCACUAGCCCUCUGUGCUUCUUCAGGAAAAAACCAAAACUUUAGAAGAAAUACAUCUCUUUGGCUAGACAUUUUCCUUUGGGAAGAGAGACAGAAGAGUUAGCCCAGGUCAGAAACUCCUGCUGCUUGCCCAGAUCUGCUAACUUGGCUGCUCGCUGCAUCAGAUGUAGCUUGUGAGUAAAGUUCAUAGCUCAGCUUGGCAAUCGACACAAUCCUACAGAAGAUCAACACCAAAGCAAACGGGACCCAGUGAGGGACGUCCCCACCACAUGCGAGACACACACAAGUUUGUGUCAGAUGCCCUAAACCCCUUCCCCUGCUGUAUAUACAUGAAUCUGGGUCAGGUUUGCUGUGCCCAGAAGUGAACCUCCCCAGAUCUGAGGAGCAGAUAGCACGCUGGAGGGCUUUUAAGAGAGAAGGUUUACACACCCAGACAGUGACUAAAACGUCUCAACCCUCAUGUCUUGCAUUAACUUCUGAUUUCUAGCUGUGAGUGUCUGAGGCCACCAGGCUUCAGGAGAAGUAGCUGAACUGUUGAGUGUACCUAGUGUCUUAUGUGCCUACAUUUUAAUAGUCAUACCCAGAGAUUGGUAGUGAAUUUGACCAGCUGAUGCGUUGACUGAGAAUGUACUGUUUAAUGCAAAAUCAUAGCAACCGUCUUUCAACCUGGUUUUGGAGAAUUAGUGGGUAAAUAACCUGAUCUAAAGAAAUCUGUCCCCCAUAUUAGGAACUGUGAACUAAUUAUUGCUUUCUGAUGUUCUGCUCUAACUUGUUUUGCCUUUUUAUCCUGAUUGUUUGCAUUCCUAGGACUGAUUUGCCUUUUUGAUGCAAUGCCAUGUGAUCUGCUGAUUAAUUUUUGUGAGCAAUCAUAAACUCCAACCUAUGGCUGACUGGGUAUAUUUUAUGCUACGCUCCAUAAACAUUCAUUCAUUUCUUAUGAUUACUGUGUGGAAACAGACUUUUACAGGCUAAUAAACUUGGAUUUGAACUGGA